GCAUGCGUUAUCAUUUGUCGAAUGUCAGUUUUUCCUCAAUUUUCCUUUUCCAUCGCGUUUCGCAUUUUCAGUUCCCAAUCCCCAACACGAGUUAUUUAUUCAUUCGCACCGCACUCUGCGCAACCACUGUUGAUCGCGAAUUUCAGUGCCUAGUAGUUACGUAUAUGAGGUUAUAAUUUGAAAAUUUGAACGUUAUUACUGAUAUUGUUUAUAUCCAACUUCAAAGUAUGCUUAUGAGAAAUUGAACCAAUUUUCAAAAGAACACCAAAAUUCAGUUAUAUCAUUCAAUUAAUUAAUGAUGAAGUGCUCCAAUAAAUCAGAAAAGAGGACAGUGCAAACAUUCUUGUUGACACAUACUACUGGUUUGUUUGGUUUAGAUUAUGAUGAAAAUGUUAAGUUCCAAUAACUCACUUUUUUGAAAUGUAGACACAAGAAAUGAUAACAGUCAGAACAGAUAUCUCAAUAUGAAGUUUGUCAUCUAUAACACCUGAAGAAUUUCAGUCAAUUCAGGUGAAAUGAGGUUUGACAAGAGGAGUUCUUCAGUCAGUUUCAGCAAGUCUGACACACAAACAAUACAUGAAGAUCAUCCUUCGGAUGUUGUGGAUGAGGAACAUCAGCAAUUAAGCCUCGAUCCCACUCUGCAAACGUAUUUGGCAGAAGUGUCUCAACGUUCUGGUUGUUGGGGUAGAUUCAUUCCAAUACCAUUCGAAAGAGCCUCUAAGAAAUCUUGGUGGGAUCCUUCUUUCGACUCCGAUAUUUUAGAGAGACAAUAUAAGAAAAGCUCUUAUCGAAAUUGGAUAUUUAAAUUCCGGGUGUCGUCCUGGUACAUCCUCCUGAUAUCGUCAUGUUGGUCUAUAUACUUCUUGGUUAUGGGAUACCAGAAGGAAUCACAAAACUGGAUACGUAUUUGUUGCAUAUUCGGCAGUAUCGCCGUCAUGUCCUUAGUCCUAAUAACGUUACUCAAAUUUACAAAGUUGCACAAGCAUCACCUACUCAAACUGUCGGUGGCGGCAACAUCUUUUGUGUGCGCCGCCAGCCUGUCGUUAGUCUUUCUGAUUCCCAUAACGGUUGACGACACUAAUUCGAAUCUGACUUCGGAAAUCAGUCCAGUCGGGCAAUUUUCGAUUUGUAUAGAGAUUUUGUUACUGAUUUAUACCCUGAUACCGCUGAAGUUUUACAUGUGCAUCAUCGCGGCCGCGUCGUACUCGAUACUCUUCGAGACCUUAACCCUCGUUUUCGAGAGUACCUCGUUCGAUUUCCACAUUUUGAUAGUCAGAUGUAUGUCGCACAUCUGUAUACAUCUGAUAGGGUUACAUAUUUUGAUCAUGACGAACGUCCGGUUCAGGAACACGUUCAUGAAGGUCGGCCAGAGCCUGCUGGUCAGGAGACAGCUCGAAUCGGAGAAGCGUCUGAAGGAGAACAUGAUCCAUUCCCUGAUGCCGCCGAGCGUGGCCGCCUGGCUGCUCGACGACGACGAGAAUUUCACCAAGAACGGCAUGGAGCAGAGGAACUCCGACCCGGCGACCAACGACCUGGGCAGGAUCUUCCGCCCGUUCAACAUGAACCGCGUGGAGAAGGUGAGCAUACUGUUCGCCGACAUCGUGGGCUUCACCAAGAUGUCGAGCAACAAGAGCGCCGAAGAACUGGUGGAGAUACUGAACAACCUGUUCCAAAGAUUCGACCAUCUGUGCGAGUACCACAACUGCGAGAAGAUCUCGACGUUGGGCGAUUGUUACUAUUGCGUGUCCGGUUGUCCGGAGCCGAGGCCCGACCACGCCAGGUGUUGCGUGGAGAUGGGCCUCAGCAUGAUACAGGCCAUAAGGCAGUUCGACGAGGAGAAGAAGGAGGGGGUGAACAUGAGGGUGGGCAUACAUACGGGGACGGUGUUGUGCGGCAUUGUCGGCACUAAGAGGUUCAAGUUCGACGUGUGGAGCAACGACGUGACGUUGGCCAAUAGGAUGGAGUCGACGGGGAAGCCCGGUAUGGUUCACAUCUCAGAGACCACCCUGGAAUACUUGGACGGCGCCUAUUUGACUGAGGAGGGAGAGCCUGUGCAUGGCUUGAAAACCUACUUCAUCCUUGGCAAAAUGGGCGAUAAAACGCCGUCCUACUCUGGUAGUUUCAGGGCCGAGGGCCGUCAGAGAUACUGCAAUUCGCUUCGCCUCUUCGUCUCGCCGCCGAUGUCAUCGCCGACCCUAUCUCCGCAGAGCAGACCGCGCGUCUUAUCCUACGAUACGACGUCGAACUUUCUGAAGCAGGCGUCGUACAACCCCAACAUGUUAUCGCCCGAUGUGUGUAAAAUAAAAGCGAGCAGUCUUCCCAGCAUCUUGGACUCCGAGAACGAACAAGAGACGGAAAUGAAGGAAAUGGCCGGGGAACAGAUCAAGACCCCAACGUCGACGGCCAGCGCUGAGAAGUAUUCGACGCCGAAGGCUAAAUCGUGGCGCUUGUCGAAGUUCCUGAGGAAAUCCGAUCAGCUGAGAAAGGAUAAUAGCGAGCUGUCUGAUGGGGUGGCACCUGCUGACAGUUGUUCAAGUACAGCUACGCAAUCAGGUUACAAACAAGUUCCUACAAUCAUCGAGACCACGAACGGAACGCCCAUCUUGAACGGUAGGAGCAAAGACUCCUGGUUAGACGUCGUAUUCGACGCCACCAAUCCGUACGUGGCGGACCAGAAAGAUUCCAUCGACGUCAAAUCGUACAUUAGUCAAUCGAGAAGCGACAUGGGACAAUACGACCUGGCGCCCAACGAACUGACGAACUUCGUGAGGGGCGGAAGUUACAGGUCUCAGUACAGCAGGUCGCCCAGAGAAUCGCUGGAUUUACUGCAGAGGGCUGGGAGUAACAGGUCGAGACGUGGGAGGUCACCAAACUUGGACAUUGUUCCUACGGAGAGGUCUAGGAGUGCUACGGUAGCAGCUCCAUCGUCGAAUUUCAAAAGGCUUUCCACGAAAUUCGCGCUAGAUGUUCCAUCUAGACUCACGAGCGUUGCGAAUUUGGAUGAUCAUCAAUAUGCCAAUAGCAGAAAGGACUCGGGAAUAAAAAGUAACAGUAGGAGGAGUAGUAUACAGCAAAUCGAUGUGUCAUGUGGUGACAUCCUUCAGCAAAGGGUGUCGGGCUACUACACCUCCAGCCAGAGUAGCGUCAACUCGCCACAAAUUUCCACCGUGAUUAUGCGCACGAGUCCAUUUUUCGACAAGUUUGGGACUUCUAUUCAGCACUUACGUAAACAAUCGGACCGCCAGUUGAUCAAAUGCGUACAAGAAAACUUCAAAUACAAAAGUUCCUAUUUUAUCAAACCCCCCUUAUCGAAACUAACACUCUUCUUCAACGAUGAACAAAUGGAGCAGGAUUAUAGAGCGAACGUUCAUUCAUUGAACGAUCAGAAUGAAUCGAUCGUGACAUUGGCGAAUCCAAGAUUCAAUACUUAUUUCGACAUUAGCGUUUCUUUCUUUGUACUCUUUAUUACUGCUAUAACUUUAUUUAUACUCCACGGUUUCACAGAAUUGUGGUUGAUAAUGUUCCUUAUAUUUAUUGUAAUACAAUUUUGUGGUUUUCUUUUUUGCCUGACAGACGUUGUGAAUACAAUGGAAAGAGUAUGUUCUUGUUUGUCUCGAUUUUACAGGUGGAACAUGUUCGGCGGGGUGUUGGUAAGUUUGCCGGUUAUCACGGUCAUGACCAACUUCUGUACCAAAGUUAUUCUACCCUCAUCCUCGGACUAUCUUUACAGCUUCUUGUUGCUGGUUGGGCUAGUCCAUUUCUGCAAUUUCACACAACUGAAUUGCUGGAUGAAAAAUUUUCUAGCGACCGUUUGCGGGGGAGUUUUCAUUUCUCUAUUUUUAACGGAAUCGUGCCCAACCCCCUCGUUGCAGAAUAUGAUAAAACAAUCAAUAAACCCAAUCGUACAACAUUGCCAUUAUUUGUACAAAUUCGAAAUAGUAAUGGAUCUCUUUCUCAUCCUCUUCUUAGUUUGGCUGUUGAACAGGCAAUUCGAAAUAACUUACCGUCUGAGUUUUCACACAGGUUAUAUAGCGAAUCGCGACAAAAUCCAUGUACAAAGUUUGAAAAAUCAGGCGGACUAUCUCAUCUACAACAUCGUCCCCGAACACGUGGCCGAACAACUCAAAAAAAACGCCAAAUAUUCGGAGAAUUUCAAUAACGUCGGUAUAAUUUUCGCCAGUAUCGUCAAUUUCAACGAGAUGUACGACGAGAGUUAUUUGGGAGGCAAAGAAUUUCUCAGGGUCCUGAACGAACUUAUUGGCGAUUUCGACGAACUGUUAGACAGGCCGGAAUUCCAGUCGAUAGAAAAAAUAAAAACGAUAGGUAGCACUUUCAUGGCCGCCAGCGGACUGAACUCUGAAUGGCGCAGGGAACAGGCCGAUCCGAACGAACACUUGUUCGCACUUAUGGAUUUCGCCCUGGAACUUCAGAAGGUUGUCGAGGAUUUCAACAGGGAUCUGUUGGAGUUCAAUUUGAUAAUUCGUAUAGGUUAUAAUUUUGGGGAUGUUACUGCCGCGGUUAUCGGAAAUACGAAACUGUAUUACGAUAUUUGGGGCGACGCGGUGAACAUCGCUUCUCGCAUGGACACCACGGGCGUCAAUGGUCACAUUCAGAUAGGAGAAAAUUGUCUUUCUGUCUUGGAACAGAGAUACGAUUUUAAACCUAGAGGAUCGAUUUUCGUGAAGGGAAAAGACAAUAUGAAUGUUUAUCUUUUAGAACGUAAGAAAAGUCACGCCGAAAUAUACCAAUGAAUAUAUAUAUUUAUUGUGCCUCUGCCAAAAAAUUUAUGCAUUCCAAAUGUUGCUUGAACUGCUAUAAGUAUACUUGACCAAAUGUGUAGCCUUAGUCUAUUGGAAGCUCUAAUGAUGUAUAUGAUCGUUAUACACAUAUAAUAUAAAAAUAUGCCACAUAUAUGUAUAUAUUUAUAUAUAUUUGAAAAUAUUCUUCAGAGAUCGUGAUUUGAUUUGAUCGGUUGUGUAUAAAUAUUUAUCUCAGCCACUGUGAAUGCUUUUUAAAAUAAUUUACAAAUCGUCUAUUUUCAAAUGAUCUGAUUAAAACGGAAGUAUGUGAAUUUGAUUGAUGAAUGAAUAUGUUAUAAAUCCUUGAAUUUUCUUCUUAUAUUCGUAUGAGCUUUAAUGAUGAUUCAUCCCAAUAUUUUUAAAACUAAUUUAAUUUUGUCUUCAUAGUUUCUUCUGAUAUUACUCCCAUUAUGAAAAUUCAAACUUUUUUCAAUUAGAAAAAAUUUUCUAGUCACAAAUAUUCAAAAUUAAUUUUAUCAAACUGACGUAAUGCAUUAGAACAAAAAAAUUAUCUUUUUCAUGCUGAAUUAAUUUCAUAAUAGCAUGAUCACUGCUCAUAGUUUUACGGUAUACAUAUGUAUUUGUUUUAUUAUUUAUUGUUGUUUAUUUUUACUGUGUAAAUAGGUGGUGACAAAAGUUAUAAAUUGUUGAGUUUUUGUUACUCAUGGAUUGAUUGUAUGAAUUCGGUUGGUUGAAAUUGUUAUGUCCGAUACAUUGAAAUUCAACUUAGUCUCAUUCGUUCUCGGAAACACUCCGUUUUAAAAUAUCUUUUUACAAUAAUUUACAACGUACAGUUUCAUUAAUUUAUUUAAUAGUUAGAACCAAGCUGAUAUUUUAUCCAUUCCCAUAACUACCUCAGCUUUUUCUGAGAAUGAACUAUGGGUACCCAUUAUCCCGUUUCUUGAACAAAUAACAAUUAGGAUAUUUAGAAUCUGUGAUAAAUUUAGAUUUUUACAGUAAAUAAAAGGUCGAACAUAUUUUCUGAGAUGGAAUUGCAACUUGAGGGAAUGCUCUGAAAAUUAUGUCACUCAUGUCUUGCCAAAUAGUACAAAAGAUAUAUAAAUACAUAUUCCAGGAGCCUAUAGAAUCUCGAGCACCAAAAUGUAUUGAAUGAAUUGAAAGAAUUCUGCUGGAUUAAUUUACUAUUAUUUUUGAGAUUUAAUAAAUUUUUCCUGUAUUAAUGAGAACAAAAAACAAUUAGAAUGUUAUGCGAAAUGUAUAUUUUUUGUGAAAUUGCGUAAAACAAAAUAAUAGCUGCUAAUGAAGAAAUAUGUAAUCAGGAAACAAUACGAAUAUGUCAUUUAUAUAUUCUUGAGGUGAUCACAAUUAUCUAACAAUACUUUUUUAUACACUUGAGUAACUUUUACUAAUUGAACUUUUUAACAUUUUAUACUCGAAUAUCUUUGAUUAUAUAACUGCAACUGACCUAAUAUUAUUCUAAGAUGAGUGGAACAGAUUGAGGCCUCAUUCCAUAAUUAUGUAUCAAUAAGAUGAACCAAAGAUUUUAAAACUAGUAGAUGAAUAUCACGCGAGAGAAGUAUCAGUUUAUUUCUUCGUUUCAAACUUAUUAAUUUAAGGCUGUUUAAAAAAAAAAUCAGUUUUCUUGUAUACAUUUUUUCUGUAUUGUAAUUCAAUUAUAUACAUUUUACAUAUUGAUAUGUAUGAUUUGAAAUAUUUUCAAUAACUUCUCCCGCGUUGAGUAUUGAAGUGGUUUAUGUUAUUGCUGAAACUUCUGGACAGUAUCUAUUUUUUUUUCGAUCGCUUAUCCAACGAAAUAUUUGUAACAAUUCAAAGGAACUCUCGGUGAAUGGGUUCUAUCCAAUUAUCAUGAAAUAUUCAUCAAUUCCAGUGAUAUGAAGAAUAAAUAUAACAGCACAAUACAUUUGUUUUUCUUAUUUCAGUUGACAACUGCUAAGUUACAAAAAUUAUUAUGAAAGUGCCUUCUUAAUCUUUGUCUUCAUUUUCAGCCAUUACUCAUUUUAUAUAACACAAUUUAAUAUGGGAACCUAUGUGCACCGUCCUUCAUGUAUAUUAUAUGAUUAAAUCCAUAUAUGCCA